CUGUUCUGAUUGGUUAAUAUUGGUCACAAGAAAGUUAGUUAUUGAUCCAGUCAUAAUGAAUAUUGGCACAUUUUGCUACAUCACAUUGAUAAUCAGAACCUUUCAAAGAAGAAGAGGAAAAGGUUUUGAUUAGGAAUGAACAAAGUAGUACAAUUCAUUAAAUCACUAUCUGGUUUAAUACUUAUAUUAACAUUGGUAACUGUAUUCGGUGCAUUGUUAUUUCGAAAAAUUGAAGGUCCAUAUGAAGCUCAUUCUAGGACGCAUGUAUCUAAGACGAGACAAAAAAUCUUUGUUUUAGCCCAACAAUUAGCUAAAAAAGGAGAUAAUGCUGAUUGGUCAAAAUUAGUUGCACAAGUGGAUAGAUAUCGAGAGAAAUUGUAUGAAGCCUGGCUAUCUGGUACAGAUGAGUUAACAAUUGAUAUACCAACUAAAUGGAAUUUCUGGGGGAGUAUCUAUUAUUGUUUUACACUUUUCACAACUAUUGGCUAUGGUAAUGUGUUCCCGUCUACUGCUGCUGGUAAAUUAUUAACUAUUCUAUAUGGUAUAAUCGCUAUACCAUUGUGUAGUCUUCUUAUCAGUCGAAUAUCGAAUGUUAUAAUUCGACUGACGAAAGCAAUUUACUUUAUGACACUUGAUCCUUCUGGAGUUCCAGUUGGACUGAGGGAAAUAUAUCAUCGAACUGAUGCAACUUUCGAUUUUCGGGUACUUCCAUGCAUUUUAACAUUCAUAGUAUAUCUAUCAAUUGGAGCUGGAAUUUACUCAUAUAUUACUGGACAAAAAGAGUUAGACUGGAGUAUUUUAGAUUUAAUCUACUUUGUAUUCAUUUCGAUAACAACUGUUGGUUUUGGUGAUUUAGUACCAGAAACAGAUGUGUUUUUGGCAUUAUUUUCAAUUAUUUAUAUAAUUAUCGGUCUAGCAAUUGCUAGUAUUGUAUUCAGUCGAUUAACUGAUACAUUUGAACAAGUAUUAUGUUAUCAUACUACUGAAUUAAUAAAUGAAAAUUCUAUGAAUUCUAAUCAAAAUACAUUUACUUCUGGACAUCGUAUUCAAAGUAAAAUAACUACUGAACAUUUAAAACAAUCAUAGACUAUUGAUAAAUGAAUGUAGAACAGUGAAACAAUAAUUAUUAUACUGUAUAAAAUUAACUAUUGAACGCAGACAAUUACAAUAUAGAUAAGACAUUUUCUUUCUUUCUCGCCGUUUUAUCCUUAGUUUACCUUUACGCCAAUCAGUAAACUGUAAAUGUUAUUUAUUAAACUAAUCAUAAACUUUAUUAUAUCUCAGGUUGCCGUGGCAACCGUUCAUAGCAUACAAUGCUACCAAGGUAAUUAUAAUGCGAAUGGCACGAAUAAAACUUUGUUAUCUUAUUUCACCUAUUCACUAACCUUUGAAAUUAGAAACAACAAAUGAAAUACCACAUACCAAAUGAGAUUUAUAAAAGUAACACUAUUGUAUUA